AUGCUCUCUCUCAAAGCCAAUGAUAUAAAGUUAGAGGAUUACGAUAUUUCUUUCAAAACUGGAUUUCUCUUAGAAAAUCCUUUGGAAACGUUACCAGAAUACUUUGAUAUAUGGAACCAGUUAUCAAAUUCCCUUCCCGAGUUAAUUGAUGCUGGACUGGUGAGAGAAAGGGUAUUGCAGAUGCCUGAACUAGACGCUAACAGGCUUACAUCCCACAGAGAAUUAAGAUUAGCUCAUAUACAACUAUCCUUUAUUGGAGCUGGAUAUAUUUGGCAGGACCGAGGUGCGGUCAUACCUGAACUAAUACCCAAAUGUCUAGCUGUACCAUGGUAUAAUGUUUCUAAAAGGUUGGGAAUUUAUCCCAUUAUUUCCUAUCCAACACUUUAUUUAGCAAAUUACAAAUUAAUUGACCAAAGCAGCAACAUAACGACUAUUGGUAAAUUACCCGGAGGGGAACACUAUGAGUGGUUUGUACGUGUUAACAAUGGAAUAGAAAUAGCUUUUAUCAAAUGCCUAAAGCCAAUAUUAGACAUAUUGCAUAAUGUUGAAAACAGAGAGAUUGGUUUAAUUGUGGAAAACCUUCAGAUUAUAUCUGAUUGUAUGCUAGAAUUAAAAUCACUUUUAUCUAGAAUACAUGAACAGUUAAGUGCAGUUGAGUUUUAUAAUGUGCUCCGACCAUUUUUAACUGGAUGGGGAGGAGAAUCCAGUCCUAUGCCUGACGGGCUAAUAUAUGAAGGCAUUGAAAAUAAUAAACCGUUGAAGGUUAUGGGAGGAAGUGGAGCCCAGAGUGCAAUAUUUCAGAUACUGGAUGCUGUUCUUGGAAUUAAACAUAGUGCAGAUAAGCAAAAGUAUUUGCUGGAGAUAAGAAAGUAUAUUUUACCAAAACAUCGCCAGUUUAUAUUUGACAUAGAAUCGCUACCUUAUCAAGUCAAAACCUUAGUAUGUGAUUGUGGCGACGAAGAAUUAAAGAAGGAAUACAAUAAGUGCGUUGAAUCAAUUAAAUUAUGGAGAAGUUAUCAUAUACAGAUCAUUACCAAAUACAUAGUUAUUCCCUCUAAGAAAGUUACUAAUAAAAAUACAAGUUUGUCAAGUAUGGGGACAGGUGGAACCAGUCCAAUGCCAUUCUUGAAAGAUUUGAGACAAGAUACAACAGACGCUAUAUUAUCAUAA